AUGAUCAUUUUGAUUAUUUAUGGAACAUUCAAGUUGAAGUUGGAGUACAAACAACAUGAUUAUGUUGAUCAAUGUAAAUUGAUAAUUGUUUCUUGUGUUCCUUCAACUUUGAGCAAUCAUAGACUCUCGUCUAUACUGAUGCUUAAUGAGACUAAUCAUAAGGAGUGGGUUCGAUCUCUGAUGAUGAAUUUGUCAAUUAUGAAGAUUGACACAACAUUGAAGGAAGAUGCUCCUACUAAACCAACUGAGGAUAGUACAACUGAACAGAAAACUUCCUAUAAGGAAUGGAACAAUUCAAAUGAAACAAGUAAGUUAAUGAUCUUGUAUCACAUGGAUGAUGCUAUUCGUGAUAGUAUUCCUGAAACUGACAAUGCUAAGGAACUCCUCAAGGUCAUUGCUGAAAAGUAUGUGGAGUUUUCCAAGUCUGAGUUGGAGCACUACCUGGGUAAGAUCCAGGAUACUGUUUAUGAUGGGGUUAGUGGCAUAAGAAACCAUAUAAGUCAGGUGGUGUCUUUUCAUAUGAAGUUGAAGGGGCUUGGCCUUGAUUUAGGAGAUAAUUAUCUGGUCUGGAAUGUCAUGAGGUAUCUACCUCCUUCAUUUGACUCAAUUCGGUCUAGUUACAACACUCAGAAAACUCCUUGGACUGUAAGUGAGAUGACUGCCAUUCUCUCUAAAGAGGAAGAUGAUAUAAAAGCUAGGAAGGGAAAUUCAAUUUCCAUGGUGACUUCCAAGGAUGCCCCUAAAGAAAAUCCUAAGGAAAAUCCCAAUCAGAAGAAGAACUUCUAUAAAAAGCCUUAUGGAAAGCCACACUUCAAGAAGUCCAGUUAUGAUGGAAAGACUGUUGGAUCUUCUAAUGCACCCAAAACUUAG